UUUUCUUUUCCUUUGCUGUUAAAAAAAUCAUACAACAACACUCGUCAUUUUCUAAAUAAACUUAAAGCUCGUUUCUUGAACAAAACAAUAAGUAAAUAUAAAUUCUUAGUUUUUAUUAAAUUCGCGAACGCUUGCAACAACACAAAACUUAUUUCUUGAGUAUUGAGUGAAAAAAAAAAAUUGAAAAAGUAUUCCACAAAGAAUGGCCAGCAAAUUCAUAACAAUAAUGCGCUAUCUGGGCGAAUUCUCCGGCACAGCGUUGUUGGUGGCGCUCCACUGUCUCGGCUGUGCAGACGGCAGCGAUAUGUUGAAAGUUCAAUAUGGGCUCGUCGUCAUGAUCAUAGUGCACUGUUUCGGCUUCGUGUCGGGCGGGCAUGCGAAUCCUUGCAUCACACUCGCCUGCUAUAUGAUGCGUUACAUUUCUUUUAAAAUGGCGCUCAUUUACAUGUUGGCGCAGUUUUUGGGUGCGCUCACUGGUUUCUUUCUACUAACCGCCAUGCUGCCGUCCGACGCCAUCUCAAAGGAUUUGUGUCUGGUGAAGUCGAAUGGUGGUCUAUCGUGGGAUCAAGCGUUCGUCAUUGAGCUGGUGUUGACCACAACCUUAAUCUUCGGUUGGUGUGCAUUGUGGGAUGCCAGAAACUCCUCGUAUUUGGACUCCGUGUCGUUGCGCAUUGGGUUACUGGUUGCCGCCUGCUCACUAGCUGGUGGGCAAUGGACCGGUGCUACCAUGAAUCCAGCCAUUGUGCUCGUACCGGCAGCCUACCACGGCAAACACGAUGAUACGCCCAUCUUUAUGGCCAGUCAAUUCUCAGCUGGCAUUUUCGCACCCGUGCUAUGGAAACUUUUGUUUUCGCCCCGCAGCUUUUUUAAUAGUAAGCCCUGUUAGAUCGUCUGUAAGCGUCAAUCCAUACACUGGUACUGUUCGUUAAUGCGUUGGCCGAAUUGAAAGUAGAUUUCGUAAAUCAUUCGUAAAUUUUAUUGACUCCUUAUAUUUAUUUGUACAAUUUAUUUUUGCUGAAUUAUAAAUUGAAAGUUUGUGAAUAAAAUUUCCCGAAAUUGUGCGGUAUAAACGAA